GCACAACUCAUUUAGAAUUAACAUGAUCAUGUUUGUCAUAAAAUUAUAGCAAAUAAAUUUAGACAAUAUUAUUUAAAACUUUGCUCAAGAUUUAAUUAUUAUAUUUUAAUCAACCUAUAUGCAUCAAUGUACCAAUAGAUUUUUAUAUUAUUUGAUUCUAUUAAGACCAUUGAGAUUAUUUGCCACCAAAAAUCAGGGAAAAAGCUUCAAAUUCUAAAUUCAAUCACAAUCAUAAUUAUACAUUUUUUUAAAUUUACUUUGGAAUGUAUGGAAAUUGCAUAAUUUAAAGAAAUGGAUCAUAUUAGUAAUGGCAAAGCCAACAAAUUAGAUCUUAAGGUAUCAUUAAAACGAAGAUUGACACUCUUGAAUAGUAUAAGCCUAAUUGCUGGUUCUAUCAUUGGCUCAGGUAUAUUUGUAUCUCCAAAAUCUGUUUUAGAGCACAGCGGGACUCCUGCACUUGCACUUCUCAUAUGGUUUAUGUGUGGGAUAUUUAGCUUUUUUGGAGCUGUUUGUUAUGUUGAGUUGGGAUUGACUAUUCCAAAAUCAGGGAGCCAAUAUAUAUAUGUGAUGGAAGCCUUUGGCCCUUUGCCUUCAUUUUUAGUUUUAUGGAUUGACCUGAUUCUCAAGGAACCAAUUGCAAAAUCAGUCACCUCAUUGGCUGUUGCUAGAUACCUCAUUGAACCAUUCUUCCAUAACAGUCAAGCUUACAUUUGUGAGGUUAUCAUUGCAGUUUGUACAUUAACCCUCCUAACCUACAUCAACUCUGUAAGCGUCAAACUCGGUGUUAGAAUCCAGGAUUCCUUCUUCUACACCAAGCUCAUAGCUCUGGCCAUGAUUAUAUUCAUCGGAUUGAUUCAAUUGAGCAACGGGCAUAGGGAAACGUUGAAGGCAGGCCUAUACCUCAAACCCGAGUCCCCGGUCAAAAUCGGUUUAGCCUUCUAUUCUGGUCUUUUCGCUUAUAGCGGAUGGGAAGCGCUUAACAUGUCCUGCGAGGAAGUCAAGAAUCUCAAAAGAAAUUUACCCGCCGCUAUAUACAUAUCGCUAGGGAUAGUGACCAUCGUCUACACGCUAGCUAAUAUUUCCUAUUUCACUGUGCUUAGUAGUCAAGAUAUUAUCGAUUCCGAGAUUGUCGCUGUCACUUUCGUUAAGCACACCUUGCCCGUUUUGAGAUAUAUCAUGCCCUUUCUCGUCACUUGCUCAAUCGUGGGAAGUUUAAAUUCCACCGUGUUUCAUUCUGGAAGAAUGUAUUUCUCGGCCGCCAGGGAGGGCCAUUUGCCUACUCUCUUCGGUAUGCUGAGCAUCAAGAGUAUGACACCUAUUCCGGCAUUACUUCUAGAUUGCAUAACAAGCAUAGUCGUGCUUGCCUUGAGCGGAAACGAUAUUACAAAAAUGUUAGAAUUUUACGGGUUUCUGAGGAGCGCGGCUCUAGCUUCGGGCGUGGUCGCUCUGCUUUGGUUAAGAUACAAAAGACCUAUGCUUAUGAGACCUAAAAAGUUCCCGAUAAUUUUCCCCAUAAUAUUUCUCCUCAUGUCCUUGUUCAUGACCUUCGUUCCCUUGUAUCAAAAUUACGUUAUGGGAUUGAUAACACUAGCUUUACUCCUUUUGGGUGCGGUCGUUUAUCGUCUUUUCAUCCACAAGGAAAAAUUUAACCGGGCCAGGAAGCAUUUGCUCGGUCGCUGUAUGGUCAAUUUCACUGAAACGUCUCAAAAAAUUUUAAAAGUUAUACCCUGCGAAGUUGAGCCAGACUACGAAAAAUUGCUUUUAGAGAUGAGCCGAUAAAUCGCGGGUAUAAUUAGAACAUAUAUCAAAAAAAACUCCGAAAUGAAUAGAGAAAAAUUCAAAGUUAAAAGAAAGAAAACACGCUUAAUCACUUUUUUUUGUCUUUCCAUAUUCGAAUAAUUAUUUUUUUUUUAUAUAAACAAUGUUACUUAGACGAGUAUUAUUAAUUAUUAUAUGAGUGAAUGAAUAUAAUAUUAAAAUCGUAAUUUAUUAUUUUUCUAUAAAAAAAAUUGAAUUUAUAUUUUUUUAUUAAAUCCCCCGCCCCCCCCCCCUAUCCCUUCUCUCUUUACAACGCAUUUCAAAUGAAUCAUAUUUUACUAAUUUUUGCCCAGUCCUCCCUCUUUUUUUUAUAUAAAAAAAUUAUCCUGACGUCUUCAUAGUUAAUUAAUAAUCCAAAUUUUUUAAAAAAAUCACAUCUCCAUUAUGCAAGUCCUUAUUAAAAUAUAAAUAUUGUAUUUAAAGUUGUUUCCUAUUCAUUUUUUAUUAAAAAAUAUUCAAUCCAAUCAUUUAUUUGAUAAUCCUCUUUUUACAUUAAAAAAAAUCUUUCCAUGUUUGUUACGUUUUUCUAAUUUGCUUUAAACAAAAAAGAGUGAUAAAAAAAGUUAGCAGACCCCCAAACAAAAAAGAGUGAUAAAAAGUUAGCAGACCCCCCCCCCCACCCCCUUUUAAAAAAAUGGAAUCCAAACUUUACCAUAGUCCUAGAUCCACCUAUCCUUUAUCGUGCAAUUUCCUUAACCCCUCUCCCACCCAAGUUUACCCAUUAAUUCAAAAAAAUGGUAAGCGAGUAGCAGCGAUUGUCCUCUAUUUACCGAAAAUCUUUUGUAUAAAUUACUUAUAUUUUACCCAUAUUUCUAUAUCAUUUUUUUCUUAUAUUUUUUUUUAAAACUAAAAA